AUGAUCACCGCAGGAUUUAUAUUAUUUUUGAUAUGCUUAUUAACUGUCUCGGGAUGGAAUAUGGGAUCUAUAUUUCUGAUUAUGUUUACAAGGUUUAAUACUGAUUCGACAAGCAUAGGAAUAAGGACAACAUAUAUUCGUUGGUCAAACACAUUUCCAUCAGUCAGUAUAUGUCUUAUUAAAAAUAAGAUAACCAAAGAUUUUUCAGCAACUUUAAAAAAACGAGUCUUUGAAGACAAACCCCUUAUAAGUGGUUAUGAAAGAAAUAUCAUAGAAUACCUGUUUGCGACCUCUGACGGUUCUAGCAUUAAAGAAGAAUAUUGUAAGGCCCUAAACUCAACAUGUGGAGUCAAUAUUAUGGAACUCAGAAAAGAAUUUUUACCUGAAUCUUGUGAACAUUUUUUCAAAGCAAUAUAUUUUGCUGGGGUUCCACUAAAUGAUUGCAAAACAAUAUUUAAAUAUCACGUGCUGGAGAUGGGUAACUGCUUCAUUUCCAAUAACUUAAUUGACUACAAAAAUCAAAAUCAUUUACCAUUAAAAUAUUCAUCUUUGGAUAAAGAUCGGUCACUUAAAUUAGUAUUGCAAAAUGGAAAAUUAUACAAAUAUCAGCUUUAUAUCCACAGUCCUGAGGAUAUGCCGUAUUUUAACACUGUAGGAUACGCAAUAAAUUUACGGCGUACUGUGUACAAUUUUAAUAUCGAAGAAAUACAUAAUACGGAGGAUGUAAUUAAUGAAGCUGUAGAUCAACGAAUGUGUAAAUUUCCAUCGGAGAGCAUUAGUACAAUUUUUAAAUAUAGAUCAGCCUUACUGCAAUAUUAUGGGACUUAAAUGCUUGAAGGAAGGUGACGUAUAGAAAUAAUUAUCAAUACUAUAUUAUACUAUACUAUAGUUUGUUGUGUAACGGACCCACGGCUUAUUCCGAGUUCAAUCCGGGCUAAAUUCAAUUGGCUGAAAGUUCAUGCUUACAAUACUUAUAGAU